UUUUCACUUAUACUAAUUUGUAUUUCCUGCUUUUUCAUUAAUGCUUGAGUUAGUCUAAUUAUUUAUUGGUUUAUAACAGAUUUUAAACGAGUUAAAACUCAUUGAUUUGAGUGACUCUCGAAACUUGAUUGAGAUUCCGAACCUAAGUGGAGCCCCAAAUCUUAAGCAAUUAAUUCUUCGAUGUUGUACAGGACUAUAUAAGAUUCAUGCAUCUAUUGGAGAUCUCAAACGGCUUAUUCGAUUGGAUUUGAAUGGUUGCAAAUGUCUCGAAAGCCUUCCUCACAAGAUCAGCUUGAAGCUCUUGAAUUUUUCGAUCUUGGUGGUUGUUCAAAAUUGAAGAAGUUUCCAGAGAUUGUGAAAAAUAUGUCACGUUUGUCAAAACUUUGUUUAAGUGAGAUUGCUAUAAAAGAUCCAUCAUUAUUAGUGGAACGCUCAACUGGCCUUAUAGACUUGGAUCUAAGAGAUUGCAAAAACCUUUCAAGUCUUCCUAUUUCAAUUUGUAGUUUGACGUCUUUAAAAACUCUCAUUAUAUCUGACUGCUCAAAACUUGACAAAUUGCCAGAGAACUUGGGAAAUAUUGAAGGCCUAGAGGAGCUAGAUGGGAGUAGAACUGCUAUAAAAGAGUUACUUUCGUCCAUGGUUCUCUUAAAAAAUCUCCAAAAUCUCUCUCUACGUGGAUGUAAUUUUCUAUCAUCUAAACCAUCAAAUAAGCUCCUCAUCUCAAUGCUUGCUCUAUCAGGCUUGUCCUCUUUGACCUAUAUGAAUCUAAGUUAUUGCAAUCUACAGGCAGUCCCUGAUGUUAUUGGUUGUUUGUCCUCUUUAACAAAUUUAAAUCUAAAGGGAAAUAAUUUCGUUUCCCUUCCUGAAGAUAUCAUUCAACUAUCUAAACUAGAUUCUCUUUAUUUGAGUGGUUGCACUAAUCUACGGUCACUGCCACAGCUUCCAUUAAGUAUUGAUUAUUUGGGGGCAGAAGGUUGUACCUCACUCGAAACAUUACCCUUAAGACUAGAAGAAGAUUUUCAUCCUCAUCUUUAUCUUCUUAACUGCUUCAAAUUAAAUGACAAUCAAGAUUACGGUGGCAUGUUCUUAACAAUGCUGAGACGUUACAUUCAGAGACCAGAUUUAGGUCUCCAAAAUAUUCUUAUACCUGGAAGUAGAAUUCCAAAAUGGUUUAGCCAUCAAAGUGACGGGCCUUCAUUGAAUCUGCAAGAGCCUCCAGGUUUUAUAGGAAUUGCUCUGUGUGUUGUUUUUGUACCCUGUGAGCAUUAUCCACUCCAACAUCCUCCGGAAAGUUCAAAAAAUCAUCCGGUUACUCAUUUUAUUAAUUUUCUCUGUAAUGUUAAUGGAUAUAAAGUUCCAGAUUACUUAAGUUUUGGUUUUUCCGAGCAAUCUAGUAAGAUUGAUUCAAAUCACCUUUGGAUAAAAUAUUUUUCUAUGGAAGGGCUAUGGGACAAGAUAUUGAGUCAAGUCGAUGCUAAUGAUCAAUUGAGUCAGGUUGAUGUUGGAAUUGAAAUUGAAGGUACAGGCUUGGAGGUGACGAGAUGCGGGGCUCGUUUGGUAUAUGAGCAAGACAUUGAAGAUCUCAAACAAAAUAUGGCUGGUUCUUGCAAUUGUAGCACCACUCCUUAUGAGGAUAAUUUAGACGAUUUAGCAAAAGAUACCAUAAUUAAGCGAAGUCAUGAUGACCAUGAUGGGGAUGAGGAUGGACCUAGUGGAGAAGUUACCUAUAAUGAGGUAGAUGUUCCACACCCAAAGAGGAUAUGGCUCCCUGAUUUAAUUGAAAGAUUCAUUCCACAUUUGGGAAAUUGGAUUGGGAAUUCAAGCACACAAGAACAAGGUGACUCUAAUUGCGAGGAAGAGAAAUUUCAGUGAAAUUGGUAGCUUUGAUGAAUUUGCAAGGCUGAUACACUAUU